GGGGAUUGGCGUAGGAGGAGGGAGUCUGCUAGUCCGUUCCGAGGGAUAAAGGGGAGUGAGAAGGAACCGGGAGAGUGAAAAGGACCGCCGGUAGGGAAAGGGGCGGGGAGAGCAAGGAGAAGGCGCGGGAGGAAGGCGAGGAAGAGUGCGGGAGAAAGCGAGGCAGAAGCUGGGCGGAGGGUCCCAGAGGGACCGUGGAGGGUGGGGUCUCUAUUCCAAAUACUUCGAGGAUUGGAGGCUGCUGGUAGGGAAAAUUCGGCUCUGCCAGUCAGUUGGGUAGCGGCAAAGUAAAAUGGACAGCGGGAGGCAGACGCUCCUGCUACCUCUCCGCAGCGCAGAAAUCCCGGAGCUGUUUUCGGCCAACUUGUUUCUCAGCUGGAGUCUCUGAGCACACGGGACUAAGGGAGCGCCGGGAGCUUCUGACGCCGCGCCACGGAGAUGCCUUCUGCUGAGCAGUAAGAACUUUAUUACUGGAGUCUCUGUACGGCAGGGAAAGUCCCCGGGAGGAGGCGAGCGGAAGACCCCCGGGGGGAGGGGCGGGGCGAGGGGUUCCCGGCUCCGCUUUUUCCCCGCCCCCUCCCCCUGAAGGGCCAGCAGGCAUGGAGGUGCUCGGUCCUGGACUGGGCAACAACACCACCUCGCCUCAGGGUCCUUUAGGGGCACGUGGCAAUGAGACUGGCCUCUCCGACGACGUGACCUUCAGCUACCAAGUGAUCACCUCCCUGCUGCUGGGCACGCUCAUCUUCUGCGCGGUGCUGGGCAAUGCUUGUGUGGUGGCCGCCAUCGCCCUGGAGCGCUCCCUGCAGAACGUCGCCAACUAUCUCAUCGGCUCGCUGGCGGUCACCGACCUCAUGGUGUCGGUGCUAGUGCUGCCCAUGGCCGCGUUGUACCAGGUGCUCAACAAGUGGACGCUAGGCCAGGUCACCUGUGACCUGUUCAUUUCCCUCGACGUGCUGUGCUGCACCUCGUCCAUCCUGCACCUGUGCGCAAUCGCCCUGGACAGGUACUGGGCCAUCACCGACCCUAUAGACUAUGUGAACAAGAGGACACCCCGGCGUGCCGCGGCGCUCAUCUCGCUGACCUGGCUCAUUGGCUUUCUCAUCUCCAUCCCCCCUAUGCUGGGCUGGCGCACCCCCGAAGACCGCUCGAACCCCGACGCCUGUACCAUUAGCAAGGACCACGGCUACACGAUCUACUCCACUUUUGGCGCUUUCUACAUCCCCCUGCUGCUCAUGCUGGUGCUUUAUGGGCGCAUCUUCCGAGCGGCGCGUUUUCGCAUUCGUAAGACGGUCAAGAAGGUGAAGAAGGGAGCAGAUACCCGUCCGGGGACGUCUCCCGCCCCGCAGCCCAGGAAGAGUGUGAAUGGAGAGCCGGGGAGCCGAGAAUGGAGGCAGGGGGUGGAGAACAAGGGAGAAGGCGCCCCGUGCGCGAACGGCGCUGUGAGGUUGGAAGAUGAAGGAGCCGUCUUGGAGGUGAUCGAGGUGCACCGGCUAGGUAAUUCCAGAGAGCACCUGCCCCUGCCCAGCGAGGCUGGAGCCGCCCCCUGCGCUCUGGUGUCUUUCGAGAAGAAAAAUGAGCGCAACGCCGAGGCGAAGCGCAAGAUGGCCCUGGCCCGAGAGAGGAAGACGGUGAAGACGCUGGGCAUCAUCAUGGGCACCUUCAUCCUCUGUUGGCUGCCCUUCUUCAUAGUGGCCCUGGUCCUGCCCUUCUGCGAGAGCAGCUGCAGCAUGCCCACCCUGCUGGGCGCUAUCAUCAACUGGCUGGGCUACUCCAACUCUCUGCUGAACCCCGUCAUCUACGCCUACUUCAACAAGGACUUCCAAAACGCGUUUAAGAAGAUCCUCAAGUGCAAGUUUUGUCGCCGAUGAUGUUGGGGGCGAGAUAGCCUCCCUAGCCCUUGGGAGUCAGUCGCGACUUCUUUCCCUCAAACUUUCUCACCCGCUUCGCUCUCCCUCCCCAGCCCUCAACCCCAAACCUCUCGGACUUGGAUUGAGCUCUUCAGCCUAGAGGCAUCCUGGGCAGCCAAAAGCAGAGCAUGGGUACCCACCCCCACUCCCAAAUUCCUAAAAAGCCUCUUUGACGCAGACUUUGGCCACACAAUCUAUUUUGAUCUCACAGCAACUGCCUCCUCCUUUUCUGCCCAGCAAAUCUAUGUAGUGGAAGUUUAAGCCUCACCCGUUCAAGGCAUAGAGAAGAAAAAAAGGGGGGGGGGAGAUUUUCUACACUGGAAAAUAAACUACCAACUCAGCCGCUGUGCGCACACAACACUCCCUCCUUCAAUCCGUGAUUCCACCACUAGAACUAGAACCUAAGAUUGAGGACUAGCACCUUCUUCCACCCCAGUCCUAAAAACGCGCAUUGCCUGUCUCUUCUUGGUUUAACCCUUCCUUUCUUUUGGUCACCUUUUAAGUCCUCGCCAGUCCCUCUGAACUAAUUUGCUAGUGGGGGAAGGCGCGGAAGAUCUGCCUUUCCCCGGUGCGAGUGCUGUCCCCGGAACUCCCACCUCCCCGUGUAGACUUGAAGUAUCCUGCUCCGAAAGCUCGAUUUUCUUGAAUUCAAAACCAAAGGGCCAGAAGCUUUUAUUUUUAGAGGACUGUAAGUAAAAGGCUGGGCCAGUGGGGAAGAACGAGGAGGUGGAGGUGCUGAACAGUGUGUCCGGUGCCUGCCUUGGUGCGGGCACUCACCGAAGAAACUCAGUGGGCUGGGGGAGUUAAAUUCUGUGUCUAGGUUGUUGGGAUCUUCACGCCGCGUUGACAUGCCCGGCUACCCACGGAGAGAGGCGCCCUCCGGCCACUGUGUGCGGGGUGGGCACGCACAGCUCUUCGGCGUCUCCCCAACGGGGUGCGGGUUGCUCAGCGCUUGGCGCCAGAGCCCAGGACCGAACUCGAACUCUUGGAGUCGCUUCUGUAGUUCUCGCUGGGCCAGCUACUACUGGGUUUGCGGUAGCUCUAGGGACAAGAAAGGCAUGGCGGGGGGUGGGGGGGGGGCAGUCAUUUCCCUGCUAUGAUGAAUUUAGUGAGUUUAGGGCUCCUCCCUGCUUCAGCCUCCAGCAGACGCUCCCUGACGCCUGCAAGGGCAACUUAACCCAGAGGUGGCAGAUGCAGACCUUCCAAUUCAGCCCUCGCCCUUGUCCUUAGGGAAAUAACCGUUUAGCGCGUUUAGCGCGAGUGCGAGUGACACUAUACAAGACUUGUUCUUCCGGACAUCCAAGACACAGAUUUACCAGGACCUUGGCUUCCAGGUUGGAAUUCUGAACUUGCCAUCAAACGGGUACAGACAGAUUUGGCACUGUCUGUGGUUACCUUGGGCACUGGGGCUUUGGAGAACUUGUUCUGGGUGCUCUCCCCGGAGAGUUCUUGAGAAUCCUGUACAGGAUUACAUUUACUCCUUGACCUGACUGUCCCACCUACAGAUCUACUAGAAAUCAGCUUACCAGCUGUUUGAAUUUUGUGGAGCUCCUCAAGCUUUUUCCUCAUUUAAAAGUUCUUUCAGCCUUUCCAUUUCUCCUGAGAAACCGGUUACAAUUCUUUACUGCCCCAGAAGGGAAAUUAUUUCGGUGCUCCACUUGAAUAUAAAUUUCCAUUCAUGGCCCUGGAAUCAAUUUUAGUUAUAUCUACCCCCUAAAGUUUUCGUUUAAAAAAGGGGGGUAUUCUUUUCUAGUAAUUGCACAGUUAUUGAUUAGUAUUCAACUGUACCUUUUGGAUAUUUGUGUCUGCUGUUUUGAGAACUGUAUUGCAAACGUUGUCAAAUGAAAAAAGCUCACGUGUUUAAAGGAAAAAAGACAGCCGUAUUACUUGAAAGCAUUUUUUUGUUUGUCAAACUGAACAGUCUCUGCUUGGUAUCUUUUUCUCUAACUUAAACUGAAAGUAAGCAUUUUGUCCUGUUCAAAUAGAUAAUAUAAAGUAGAAGAACUCUGAGAACUGUUUGUCUUUGCAUGUAUAAUGCUGAUAAGGGGCUCUGAUAGAAAAAAAAGCCAGAUUAUUUCUGUCCAAUAAUUAUUCUUCAAAAAUUAAUUUUUAUCAAACUAAUUUAAGUAAACAGAGUUAUAUUUUAAAAAGGUUUCUAUAUAUCUUCUUAAUUUUUUAGAGCAAAAUCUGCACUUUAGAAUAAUUCAAGUACAAAGUUUGUUCUUCCAAAUUAUGCCUUGGCCAGUAAGCAUUUGAAGUUUUGAGACUUUCAUUUAUUUAUCUUUUACAGAAUUAUAUGACAACGGUUUGAAAAUAUUUGUUAUUCCUGACUCGAAGGAUUUACACAAGGGGCAUCCAAUUGUAAUAUAAUUGCCAAGGCAAUAGAAAAAUUUGAGGAAAAUGUGCAAAAGCUGCAUAGAAGUAAAUAACCCCUUAUGCUUCCUUGCCCCCCCCCCUUAAAAUAAAGUAUUUGUAGUAGGUUAAAUAUAUAUAUAUGCAUCAGAAUUGGCCUUCACUCUUCCAUGUCACAAUAAAGAACUUUAAUAAUGGUAAUGCUACAAUAAACUGA